AUGCUCCUCCUUCCAUUCCUCUAUCCAGCCUUACUCACCCUCCUCGCAUUUACCCCUCUCACUACAGCUGCCAAACCCAAAAAUGCCAUUCUUCUAUCGAAAGUCAAGACCCUCACUCUCCGUGACAAUGCAAAAACCUCUCAUCGUCGUGUCCCUGCCGUACCACAGCUCACAUGUAAUGGUCCUGGAUGUCGAUAUUACAAAGUCGAUGUAAUGCGCUGCACAAAUCAAGGUUCCGAUUAUUCUUCUGAAGAUAUACAAUGGUCCUGCACUGCAAAUCUCCCCGAGGAGUUCAAACUAGGAAGUACGGAUGUUAUAUGUGAGGGGUAUGAUAGUAAGGAUGAUGAAUACGUGUUGAAGGGUAGUUGUGCCGUGGAAUACAGGUUACUGUUGACAGAGGAGGGCGAAGCAAAGUAUGGGAAGAGCUUUUGGGAUGAUGGAAGUGGAGAUAGUUCUGUUGAGCAGGGAAUGAGUCUAUUGUUCUGGCUGAUAUUUAUGGGAGUUUUGGGAUGGAUUCUGUACUCGAUGCUGCGGAAUUGGAGAGAGGGGCCGGCUAAUGGUCAAGCUGGGAGAGGCGGUGGAGGAGGAGGAGGGUUUGGAGGAUGGGGAGGAGGUGGAGGAGGACCAGGCGAUGAUGACCCCCCACCACCAUACCCGGGAACUGGAAAAAGAUCUACAAGAAAUUAUGGCGCAACUGAACAAGCAUGGAGACCUGGAUUCUGGACCGGUGCAGCGGCAGGUGCCGCGGGGGGUUAUUUUGCAGGGAACAGAGCGAAUAGACAACAGAAUCAAGGCCUUGGUGGCUGGGGUGGUGGAAGUGGAAGUGGAAGUGGAUGGGGUACAGGCUCGCGGUCUGGAAGCUCAAGCUCUCCUUCUACCAAUACUCGCUCAAACACAGGAUUUGGGUCCACGUCAAGAAGAUAG